CUCUUCCCCUUCGCGCUAGCCAGAGCGAUGGCCAGGGCUCGCCCACCAGGCCGUGGGUGACGCAUAUGAAGCCUUCGGUGACACGAACCGGGUCGGGCGGACUGAGCUCGCUGGUUGGGCCAUGGGCGCCCCCUCGCCGGCGGUCUAUUCCUCCCUCCUGAGCGCCCUUCUCCUGGCUACCGCGGCGUUGCCCUGCCAAGGCUCCGACGCAUGUCCUUCUUCUGCUUGGAUUUCGUUCGGAAGGAGUUGCUAUGCUUUACUUCCAGGACCGUGGGGGAUCCACAGUAUUGAUGAUGCCAGGGAGUACUGCAGAGGCAAUGCCUCUGGAGCUGAUAUUAUUAGCAUAAAUAACAAAGAGGAGAAUACCUUUAUUCAAAAGAGUUUCUGCUCUCAUUGGCAUGGACCUGAAUAUAUAUCAUUGGGCAUGUUUUUUGACACUGAUGAUGAUGAUCUCAAAUGGUACGAUAAAUCAAAUGUUAGUUUUACAAACUGGAUGGAGGAGGAAAGUAACAAGAUGCUCCUGGACACCUGUGCUACUAUGCACACGACCUCAGGUGGAUGGAAAAAAACAGGCUGUGAGCAACUCCCGCUGAAUGCGAUUCUGUGUGAAGUUCCCACGCUUUAUGAAAAGAAGUAUAUACUGGCUGAAACAGCUUGGACAACUACGUUAGUUAUAACUUCAACAGUAAUUGUGGCAGUGUCUGCAGCAAUACUCUGGUUCCUUUACCAAAGAAGAGUUUCUUCUGGAGCACAAUAUACCAUACAGAAUUCUACCACUGAAAUUCCAUAUGGUGAUGAAGCGGUACUUAUAGAUGAGGAAAAUGAACAUACUGCCUAAAUUGCAUUUAUGUAUAUAUACAUAAUUAGAGAAAGGAGCAACAGCAUAACUUGAAAGCAAUCAUGCACUUAACCUAUACACUGCUAUUCCAUAUGAAGAUCUUAAUUUUAAAUCUUCAAUUGUUAUUGAAAUUGCUCUUACUCAUAUGAAUUAAUUUUUUGUCUCUGCAACUAUUGUACUUUGUCAAAAAUUGCACUUCUAUAAUGUUAUUGACUAUGCAGUUUCUUACAUACUUUUGGGGUGGGUGGGGUUAAAAGUCUCACUGCAGGACAAAAAAUUAGCAGGCAUUCAUCGCUCGAGCAAAAAUUAAGCACUUUAAAGCUGCUUAAUAUCUUCAGUUGAAAUUAUGGGACUUGAAGUUGGUUCCUUUUAGCUAAAGCUGAUUGUUUACAGAUCACCCUAAUUCUGUGCACAGAAAUCCUUUGAGAUCUGUCCACAAACGAAAACAUCUUCUGCAACUAGAGAUGUACAAAUCACUCCUGCCUUUUAAAAGCCUCUGUGCUAAACCUAUUCUGAAGAGUCAGUCAAUACACCACCUAAAAUAGGCUUAGAGUUUGAAGAACUUUAAAAGCUCAAACCUGCAGCCACUAUUACAGACAACCACGAUUUCGGAACUCUAGUUGUUAGGCUGAAACUAUCUGCAAGAACCUUUGGUUUUCCUAUCAGUCCCAUCACAAUCUUGAUAAGUUUAUGGCAGUCAAAAGUCUUCUCACCAAAGUGCUACUUGGACAAAGAAGUCACAAAUGCUUCUUAGGAGCAUGUAGCAGCUCAUUAAUUUCAGACCAUGAACCUUGGGAACAAUGCAGAACAGUAAAACCUGUGGAUUGAAUCAUCAUACUGAAGUGUUACAUAUUCUCCAUAACUUACGCUCAACUAACUUUAUAUUAGCACAGAUAUGGAAAAAAAGCCAUGAGCAUCCACAUUACAAUUUCCAUCUAUAUAUUUUUAUAAGUGUUUAAUAUUCUGGUAUUGUUAAAUAUUUUUUUGUCUACUAUAUAACCAUUGGUUCUUUGGAGAACUGAUAGAAAGCAGAGCAUGAUGUUUUCGUAAAAUAAAACAGGAAAGAGGCCUUCCUAUUAUUGUGUACAUUAAGCAAGCCAAUGUUUACAAUAAAAUAC